CAGGCCUCAGCUCAACAACAAAAAGAGGAAGCAAUGGAAAAGUUUAGACGACACAGCUACGAGAAAGCGGUGGAAUUAUUUCAACUCUGUCUUCUGUUUCAUCCGGACGAUAGCUCAGGCGUGAAGUUUAGACGUUCGGUUCAGAGUCAUCAAGCGACUGCUUACUUCCAUUUAAAGAAUUACAGGAAGGCUCUUGAGGUUGGAGAGUCUAAUUCAACAUUUAAGUCUAAGGUAAGAUAUAUUCUUGCUAGUAAAGCUCCCUUGCCAGGCGAUUUCGAGUGAUCGAUAGCUACAAUCUUCCAGAAGGGAACCAAAGUAUCGACAGACAAGAAGGAACGAAACCCUCACUCGCGAACAGCUUUCCUGGUUUUGCCUUUUGUGAUUUCAUUUAAUGUUAUAGUUCAUUGGUUUUUUUUUUUUCAUGAGUAGCAACUCUGCUGCUUACCUGUCUGCUGUCUGGAUUAUCAACUUUGGGCUUUGCGAACAGACUGGAACUAAGCCCUGGAGCGCUUACCAUUUGUAAGAAAAUUUCGGUGAAAAAUUUCUGACAAAUGGUAAUGGACUUGAAAACGUCUCCGAAAAGAGAAAUAGGUUAGAGUUGUACCAUUUGCAAAACACCAGAUAACGAGUGGAACUGGGUUAAAACAAAUCACCUUCGAUUCCGCCUCAAAAGGAAGCCUGGCACUGGUUAACUAGACAAAUGGUACAAAUAAUUUCGGUUGUUUCGGUAAAAACGACAAAAAGGUAUACGUAAAACCUUGAAAGGUAUUACUUUUUUUCCGGAAAAUUUCCACCGGGAUAAACCAUUCCAUUUGAAUUCUCCCCCGAAUUACCGGGUUUUCCAUACAAAUGGUAAGCGCUCUUGGUCUCAUGGCGUUUGAUAGCUAGGAGUAGCCUAAAUAGAAAUUAAUCGACUCUGGAAAGACGGUCCUUAUAUUACUGAACCUUAGUGUGCACUGGCCGUAUUUACAGGAUGAAGCAGAAAGAUGGAAGGACAGAGGAAAUCGCCUCUCCAAAGAACCCAGUUCGUUAGACCUAGCAAUCGACUGUUAUUCGCUUGCACUUAAAUAUGCAGACGAGAAGGACCUUAAAGCAACUAUUUUGUCAAACCGAUCUCUGAUGUAUAUAAAUACGGCAAGAUACGAAGAGGCACUAUGUGAUGCCCAGCGUUGUGUAGAGAACAAACCCAACUGGGAAAAGGUAAAACGAGGCCUCUUUACUUUUACAUUCGUGCGGGUGGAGAUUUAGAAUCAAGUUUACAGCGAACGGUACACGUGACAUUUCAAAUUGGCAAUUUCUCAAUUCGCGAAGAGAGCCAACAAGAACUGGGCUCUGAAAAUAUUCUUGUUUGUAAACGUGUGACCGCUGAUAUAACUGCGGAUUAAGGACCAGUAAAGGGAAAACUUGACGUUUGCUGUUUUUCGGUAACGUGAUUCCGAAUCUCUCCGUAGACCAUUUUUACGAUGACGACAUUAUACUCGAACUACCAAAAUUCAUUUCGUUUUUGCCUUCUGCUUUCUUAUUUAGUUUUCUAAAUCCCGCUGAGUUUAAAAAACACUAGCCUUAAUUUGCACAACGAAACAACAAACUGAAGGAUUCUGGUACUUGUAGUAAAAUGACGUUAUCGUGCAAUUGUCCUGUGACGAUAACUGAAAUUUCGCAUCCGUUCCUCGGUCAAUCAAGAGUAAAAUCAAAAUCGUACCAGUCGUGACUUAUUUGCACGUGAUUUCCUGUGAUGGGCCUGGCUACAUGUAUUUGUUUUAAGAUCCGAUAGGUUCAUCGGAUUGUCUUCUAUUCCCUGUACUGUAAUUGACUUGUUACCCAACUGAAACUGUUCCAAUUAAAAAUAGCCUUUACUUUGCGCAAUUAAGAAAACUACCCACAGUGAAAAAUUAUUGAUACGGCUACUUCAUGGUUCAAAGCGUAAAUAUUUUCAGGCCUGAAACUGACUCGUCUCCAGUUGACUCUUAUCACUCCUUAGCGGCUUGCAGGUUUAUAUGGAAAGGACGAACGUGAAAGGGAGAGAAUUCUUCUCUUCGUUCCAUCACCCUCUACUUCCGUCGCUGUCAGUUCGCGUUUAAUACGAAGAAGACUGGAAACGAGUCAGGGCUGAAUUUUUUUUCCGAUCAGUUCUUUGAUGCUGGUUCCUUUACUUAGUUUUGAGAUAUCUACACAGUUUCUGCACUAGCUCGUAUCCUUUAUAUUUGUAUUUACUACACGUCAGGCGCAGUACCGUUUAGGAUCUUGUCUAUUUGCACGCGAGAGAUACAGUGAAGCUUUGGAGCCUUUUUCAAGAUCUCUAAAGUUGUUACUUAACAAUCCCUCAAGUAAGGAGCACCGUAAAGUGGAUACCUUAAAUCAAGUUUUGUCGGUGGCACAAAAACAUCCAGGUACGUAGUCGACUUCACACACAUACAUACAAACUAAUAUUUUAAGGGAAAGAGAUACCAUUUGGAAAAGUAUAUAAAAACUGUCAAAGGUGUUAUCAAAGUAAUUGUCAUUAAAUAUGGCAAAGUAACACUCCACAAAGGCCACAUUGAGAACAGAAGGUGGCCGUUGUGGGGAGGUAGUGGUGUAAUACAAUAUAUAAAGAUUAUCUAAGUCAGAAAACCGGUAUUCAAUUUUCUGAUACACGUUCGUUUUAUAGCGUAAAAAUUCGAAUAGUUAACACGCUAGUUUCAUAUCACGUAUUUCAUUCAGGUGGCACGUGUGGUAUCCAAUACGAUGUCCCUCGAAGCCUAAUUCAAACGGCAGUCGACAAGGCUGUGGCCGAUAAAGACUGGCAGCGACUUCAUCUUCUCUUCAUGGGCGGUGGAGGAGAAAAACGUUUUCAGAAAGGCUCAGGAGGCCUGGGAACUGGCUGCGACGCAAGUAGUGUUCCCUUGGAAGAAGUCAUUCAAUGCGAUUUCAAAGAUCUUACGGAUUUUAUAAGCGCCUUACUGGAUCACAAAGCAAGCGGUGAUCCUCCAAAGGGGCGCGAAAAUCCAGUCGAUGUCGCCAUCCAAUUGGAGAAAUUUGAUGUUGUAAAUGUUCUGAUGGACAGAUGUAAAACGACAGAGCCGUCCCUAGAAACAACCAGCACAAGUGAAGCCCAUAAGGUAUGAGAAUACGAGGCGCGACGUUUUUUCUGUCAAGUUAGAGCUUCUAUAAGAUGUGCUCUCAUUAUAUCUUUCAUAUAACGGUCCCUUCAACUGUUAAUAAAACGCAAAAAAAGGGAAAACAUUUUAUGUUAGAAGUCUUGCUUCAGCGAAAACGUAGUAUUCUCAAAGAGUAUGAAACCUUUCUUCCUUGCCUUAAUUCUGGUUCCGGCAGGUGGGUAAGUGAAAACAGCGAAUCACCAAUGAACAGGACGUAGUGGAGGGCUUCUACGGUUUUGUGGCUAAACAUGUGAAAUCACCUUAAACGGACACCGCCAUAGGACGGUUAACCCCCUAAAAACUACACUUAGAGGUGGCCCCUGCCAUUUUGUCGCUUGAAAAUUGAAUAGACCUUUCUAGCUUGUAAAUUUUCUUUUCCCAUUUCAGACCACGAGAUGUUACCUUCAGACAACUGUUGGUCUCAAAUGUCGUCCUAUCCAACAGCAUAUUUAUGCAUAAUUUAUGAAAUGACAAAGGCCAAAUCCCUUGAGAACAUUUCACGUUGCUUUGCUUGAAUUGGGAAAACAUUACAUACAAGCCUAAAAGGUCGAUUGACUCCCUAUAUGACCGGACAUUUUUUACGACCGAAGCUAGGCCGUUUCCAGAAAGCGUCCGUCUUCUAGAGACCUGACCUUAUAUGAUUUAAGAUGCGGCAUUACACCAGGAUUUUGAAGGCCUCGUCCAUUAAUGUUUUCCUUGUUUUCAUUUUGCCUCUUUUCCAGAGAACGUUCAAAUCUGAAGCUCUGGAAGCAAUAAGGAAACGUGACAACAAAAAGGCAAUCGAACUGUUGCAACUAUCGCUAAAACAUGAGAAAAACAACGUUAAAGAACAACGCAAAAUACUUAAACAUUUGUGCGAGUUGUACUUUGGAGAAACCUCCUUCCAAGAAUGUCUCGCGACGGGACGGAAGUUGAAAGCUACUUGCUGGGGAGAGAAAGGAGAGGAUAAUGAUUCCUUCAGGGUAAGUUUGUUAUAUAAGUGAUGAUAAAACACGAAUGCCACGAACUGAACUUAGAGUUCCUGUCUUUCAAAAUUUUCUAUAAUCAUCAUCAUCACCACUUCCGCCACAACCAUCAUCGUCUUCGUCAUCAUAAUCAUCAUCACCACCUUAUAAUUGUCAUCGUCAUUAUCAUCACCAUAAUCAUCAUCAUCCUAUUAUUCACCUAGUACUGAACCUUAUUGUACAUAUACCUGUUAUUCUUUGGACUCUUUUUGUCUCUUACUAGAUUGCACUGGCUAACCAGUGGAAGAAGUGGGGCAACGAGCUUCACAAGGAAAGCAAGUACGAGUUAAUGGCUCAGUUCUACAGUCUUGCUCUGGAGUUCACACCGCUAUCAAACAAGGAGAUAAUGACAGCUCUCCUCUGUAACCGAUGUUUGGCGUUCAUUAAGUUGAAAAAGUUUAAGGAAGCUUUAGCAGACGCCGAAAAAUGCAUCAAAAUUAGGCCUGAUUGGUUCAGGGUGGGUCGCUAUUUUCGCUUUGUACCCCUAACUAAUAUUGAACGACGUUUUCAUGUGUCGGCAACGCAAGAGUUAGACAAAGUGCUAACGAAUAUCAAAGGCCAUGACAUAAGAGAGGAGAGGAAGAUGCUUCUUUUAGGUACAAUUAUUUCGCAAGGUAUAUUCUUCAGUUCAUUAGAUAGAAAUGCUAUUGGGUGAAUCUGCACACCAGCUUCCCAUACUACUUACUUCCAUAUAGAGCAUAUUGUUAUCUAUUUCCUUUUCUGUCAGGGACAUUCGCGCCAGGGAACCUGCCUGUGUCACCUAAAACGAAAGAGAGAAGCUCUUGAAGCUUUCUGUAAAGCACACACCUGCGCUUUAAAUGAGAAAGACGAAAAUGCCACUGCCUAUGACGUAAUAUCCACCGCUAUGGACGUAGAAGGUUAGUGAUCUGUUUUGAACCGUUAUCAAAAAAGCAACGCAAGGGGCUGCUUGCUUGAUAACCAUGCUAUGACACCCCUUCAAAGCCCAGUGGAAUACAUUUGGAUGUCGACUGAUAUAAAUCUGAUGGUCUUAAAUUUCGGCUUUCGGCUCUGUACAUGUGUCACUGAACGAUUCUUGGCCAUACUCAUCGACUUAGUAAGUUUCAAUGCAAACGUGUUUGAAGAAAGUUGUGUUGAAAAUUCCCCCAACAGCCCUGGCCGACCCAUUUAGAUUGGACAACCGUGAAACUGUCGUUAUACUAUCCUUAGUUAUAAACCUCGAAUAUUGGACCACCUGCGUAAAUCCACUUAUGGCCCCUCGUAUGACUUGCGAACGAAUUUUACUAUUCCAACAGGAGUCAUGAUUUGUCCGGUUUUUGUCACCGGAUUAAAAAGAAAAACAUCGGCGCAAUUUAUUGUUUGAUCAAUGACUACUGUAUUCUAUUUAGGUGACAAGAUGGAUUGGUUAUGAUGAAACCAUUGGAUACUCAUGAGCGACGUUACCUUUCCUCGUUGCCUAAUUGUAAUUGGCAGAAGUGACCCUCGAAAAGAAGAGACAAAUAUGGGAAAGUGACCGCAUGUUUUUACUUUUCUGCAGGUGGAGAAAACCGGAUUACGUGCAACCUUUCUCUCAGGAGUCUGCAGUAUCUGGUAAAAGAGGCAACCGUUAAGAAUGAGUGGAAAAAACUAAGAUUUCUGUAUCUUGGUUUAGCAGCUAGUAAGGCAGCCAAAGGAGUAUGUUUUGAAUGUGACGCCUCAUGUGUGCCAUUAGAUCUCCUCAUUGAGUCAAAUGUGGAGGAUUUACAUAAUCUUGUUCCACUUCUCCUGCGGAGAGGUGCCCUGCCAAAUGGUUUGAAAGAAUGUAAAAGACCUCCUUUGUUGGUUGCAAUGGAAAGGAGGAAAUUUCCUAUAGCUGUGAUUUUGUUAAGAAACCAAGCUGACCCUUCGUGCAUUGUUGGACAUGGAAUAUUCAUAAAUAAAGAGGUACGUAAAAUAAAACGAAAUUUUUUAAUGUCCUCCCAAAUUUGUAACAUGCGCAAGCUCAAGCGCGCAACUAAUUAACUAUGCAAUCCUGAUUAUAAUGUACAACGAGGAGCUUGACAGGGAUCGAGGGUUUGAAUCGCUUCAGGGACAAUAAUGCAGAUUCAUCUCUUGUAGGGUCAAUCAAAGCAGUGGCUACAUCUUGGUCGCAAAGCAGUUGAGAGCAGUAACCAUGAAAAGGCAGUCAUGCUCCUCAACAUGUGCAUUCAUCUCUCUGAUCCCGACCAAGAUGUGUCAAUAUUAACAGCCGCGUACCAGGCUUUGGCAGAGGCACACUUCAAGCUGGAAGAGCAUGAACAGUCUAUCAGCGCUGGGAAGGAAUGCUUUAAAUUGCGACCACAUAAAUCAGAGGUAUUUUAAAUUGCUGUUGAGAUAUGUCUUUGAAAUACAUAUGUGUUAUUAUAACCAAGCUCGAGGUUAUCUUAAUCAAGCAAGCUUGGACAAUAAAGGAUUUAUUAUAUGGCCAGAAAGAGAACUUUUUCUUGCGGGACAAACGGGGGAAAUCCCGAGAAAGCGAGAGGGGCCCGUCCUUCUCGGGUAACGAAUCAGAAUAUAGGAUUCAAAAAACACAUACAAAAAAGAAGCCCCUGAGAUCUGCUCUCGAUUUUGUACAGCAAGUUAGUUCUCAUAGUCAGCAUGCAGACGUUUUUUUAUUUUUGCUCUUUUCAUGGAUUAGAGAAACAGUAAAAUUCUGCACUUUGGCCAAAAAAACAAGCACUUUUAUAUUACAGCAAGUAGCCCAAAAGUGUGACCUCCUUUAAUUAACUCGCAUUCUUUCACGCAGAGAUUAACCAAGCAGAAGUCGAGGACACUUUGCAGCUGGCUUCUGAUUGGAUUAAAUCUGCACGAAAGAAUGUGAAUAAAUCAAAGCGGUCACACUUCUGGGCUCUUUGCUGUAACUUGGGAGAAUGAUCGACAUUAAUAAGAUGGCGAUGACAACAACGAAACAAAUAACUAAUAUUUAGAAAAAGUAAUUAAAAUCAUCAAUAUAUAUAUAUAUAUUUCUGAGAUACCACUUUAACCUUUAUUUAAGGAUGAAGCCAAAAAUUGGCAAUUUCGUGCAUCCCACUUCUCCACGUUGGGUCAGUACAAGUCCUGUAUCGAAUGCAUCAAUUUAGCAUUGAAAUACACUCCUGCAGAAUCUACAGGUAUCUUUUCUCGUCUGUUAAGUCAACGGUCUGAGGUUGAACAACAGUUAGGUGAAUACACAAGAGGCUUGGAAGAUGCCAGAAAGGCUUCAAUGAUAGCAGUAGAUAUGCUGGAGGUAAGCAAAGCUAACUUUAACUACCCGUUUUGCCGCAACUGUAAGAGGGCAUCGAUACGACUUGAGAGAGCGCCACACCUAAAUAGAAUGAAGAGGGUGCAACUGGGAUGGGAAAACGAGGAAGAUGUCAUCGUAUAUGUAUCUGCCAGGGACUGGGAUUGGAUUUCAAUCGUUAACUCUUCUUGGUUAAGGGUUAAUGGGCUAAAUAUCUCCAUCUUGCAUUCAGAAAGCCCUGAUCUAGGCCCACUGAGCCCAUCUUGGUGGCUGGCAGGAUAAGAUGGCAGAUUCAGUGAAGAAUAGGCUGGGCUUCAGAGUGAGACCAGUUACACGACAAUAUGAUUUACUGAAGCUUUCAUUUCUUUCUAGGGAUAUCUGAAUCAGUAUCGUUGUCUUCGGGCACUUAACAGACGAAGUGAGGCGAUGCAAGCCAUUAAUGAGUGUUUAAAGCGAACAAUCGACGAAACUGUCUUAUGCGACCUUUUGAACAAUGCACUUAAUAUUGCAGGUGGUCUUGAAGGUAAAGUGAAUAUAUUACCCCAGAUUGUAUAAUUGCCACAAUUUACCUUUAACGCCGGUGUCAUUUAUGGCUCAAAACACCUCCUUCCAAUUGUUUUAAAUCUCCAGGUCUGGGGGUUGAUCUUUUCUAGAUUGUUGCUUUUUGAAUACAUCAUUUAUGAAUGAAACGUACUGAAAUGAAACGUAGCUUGAAUUUUUUAGGUAUCAACUUUCACCUAUACUGAACUUUUUUGUUUUAUUCUCAGAGAGAACAUCGGCUCUCACAAACCCUAUCCCAAGUAAGCUUCUCAUUAACCUGGUAAACGACGUAAUAAAAAAGAAAGACUGGCACAAGCUUAAAACCCUGUAUCUUGGAGGAGGAGGGCCUUCGUCCCUGCCAGUAGGAGCUGGGGGGCUGGCAACUAACAUCGACACUACCAAUGUCCCGCUGGGAGAAGUCAUUCAUCACCUUGGCCUUAAAGAGCCCUUGCUAAUAUCAGUCUUGGUUGAGCAUGGGGCAUCCGUUAACGUGAUGGAAGGAUCAGAUGUCAUACCUUUGAACGAGGCCAUGGAAAAAGAGCAGUUACCUCUUGUGAAAAAGCUAGUCCAGUACGGAGCAAACUGUUGUGCUGCGGACAGUAAAGGAGAACCAAUAAUUCACAAAGCCCUUCAAAAAGGCCUGAUAAGUGGUAACUGUACUGGUUGAACUUCUAUUUUGCUAUAAUACUCAUGUAUUUAACUGUUCUGGUUCAUAUCCUUGAUAGCCUAUAUAGAAAGGUUGCUCAUAGUUGGACGUGAGUCACCAAUAAAUUUCGUAAGGGACGUUCUUUACAAAAAGUACACUCAGCUUCGUCGUAGAAUGUGUAUAAAUUUCCCAUGGUAUAUAAUUAGACUCUUCUUUGAGCAUUAAUUGUCAUUUAGAUUUGGUUUUCCUUCCCAGGUGAUUUCAGCUUUCUGGAAUCAAUGAUAAAAUCCAAAAACCCCAAGAUAGAGAACGUUCGAGACGCCCGUGACGACACCCUUUAUCACCUAGUUUGUGCAGAACGGAGACCCAACAAGAAGUCGUUUAAUCGCAAGUGUGAUGCAAUACGAUUACUUCGAGUAGCAAACGUAAACCCGAACCUCCCCAACAAAAGGGGUUUUCGCCCGGUUCAAAUGGUUAAUAAGAAGGAUCCUCGCUGGAGGAUGAUAAGUACCUCGAUAGAAGCCUACAAUUCGAAAACUCCUGCUCCUUCCUUCCACGAAACACACUCUGAAAAUCCAUUUCAGGAAGAAGAGAACAAAUCUAAAACCGUAGUAGCUAGUGAAGAAGAUGACAGGUCCGUUGCUUGUGAAUCUGAGGUAAACCAAGAAGAGGAAACUUCAAUACCCACAAAGGUCAACGAAAGUAGUAAGCCUGAUGAUAAACAAAAACGCAGGAUACAACUAAGGCAAAACAUUGAUGUCAUAAUAGAAACUUUGUCUCCGCUUGUGUCCGUUCAAACGGUAGAAACUGAAGAACAAGAAGACAAUGAUAUUCUCGAUGAGUCUGCUCCAAUUCCUGACAUGACAGGAAAUGAGGAGACGCCAAAAGACCACGCUUUUGAAGUGUCUACUAUAAGCGACUACAGACAAAUUGAUGCCACCGAGCAAGAGAUCACAGAUGACGAAGUGGAGGCUGAAAUUGACUUUCAAACUCCUUUUGAAGACCUUCCUUGGGAAGUCGACUGUACUGAUCGAGUGUGGAAGGUAAUGAGAAGCAAAAGGGUAGACAACAACACGCGAAAACGAAUUAUAGAAAAAGUGCAAAUGUUGGCAAAUGGGAGAUGGAGCAAGACACUUUGUAAAAGGCUGGAAGGUGAGCCAAAGAAAGAGGGCAUCCACCUCUAUGAGUCAAAGUUGACCAAAGGUCAGCGAAUACUAUGGGAGGUAACUGUCGCUUUUUCUGGUAGGCUUAGUGACCUACCCGAGAACCGUUUAAAAGAAGAAACUUCUGAAGGACGAAUCUACUCGGAGAUCAUUCGUGUUUGGGACAUUGUGUUGGACCAUGACAAACUUCAACGUUCAAUUGACCACAUCGUCAAGUCACAUGACCGAGGAACGCAUUGUCUAAUCAAAAAGAAAUUGAAAGGAAUACAUGCGGAAUCUCGAAAUGCCAACGCUUCAUCAGGCGAGCGUUUGCCCAACAAGUACGUGGAAAUAGCAGAUCUGAACACCCAAACCAGGUCAAUCAAUAAAAAGAACAUUCCAAAGAAGACACACCCAAGUGAAAAUUUGCCUCAAAUGUUCUUCCCACCUGCAAGCUCAAAUGAACAAGAAUACCAUAUUCUUAAGUUUUACUCGUUUAACACACCCUUGGUGAAGACAGUUCUAGAAAGUGAUACCUCUACAAAGAUCGACUUCCCCUUCAAGAUCACAGAGCUGGAACAUGCCAUUGUCAACCUCCGUCCAAACCCUCCAACUCCCAUCAUUCUCCUGGGUCGUAGUGGCACCGGUAAAACCACUUGUUGUCUUUACCGCUUAUGGGAUAAUUUUCAAAGGUACUCGGAGAGGGCAGCCACGGCUGGACCCCACAUUCCACAAUAUGUCCAUCCUUUGGAGGCCUGUGGAAGCGACAGCAAAGUAGAAUCCCCACUGAGUUCAACCGAUCAGGAUGGAUGUGGCAUAGACAGUCGACUAUUGGCUACAAAAUGUAAUGAAUAUGAAGACAGCAAGGAUUUAGAAAAAUCUGACAUGCGCGGCAGUUCAUGUUUUCACCAUUCUGAACAAGACUUUCAAUGUGAAGCUAAUAUUCCUGGCAAUUCAAAUGGUCCUUGCAUGUACGAGCACUUACACCAGAUAUUUGUUACCAAGAAUACUGUCCUCUGCAGCGAAGUAGAAAAAAACUUUAAAGAACUCUGCCGAGCGUGUCCGGCUACGCAGCGACGUCUGCAGUUUGAGGACCGAUCCACCCCGAAAAAGAUUCAAGACGUUGCCGAGGAGGAGUGGCCACUCUUUCUGAACUCUAGAGAUUGGCUUUUGAUGCUGGAUGCUUCUCUUCCAGGCGAAACAUUCUUCAAGCGUAUGGAAGAUGGAUCCUUAGAACGAAAAAUUGAGGGAUGGGGAGAGGAGGACAAUCAUUUACAGUUUAUUCCAGCUUUUGAAUCAGAUGAAGAAAGUGAUGAAGCGGAAGACGAAGAAGUUACAGAAAUUGAGGAUAAUAACAAAAGACCGAAAGAUAAAGGGAAAGUCCCCAGAGAAAACAGAGAUCCAAGAAGAGAAAUUACUUAUCAUGUUUUUCAACACGAAAUUUGGCCAAAGAUGAAGAAGUCUUCAAAGGAAAAAUUUGACUAUCAUCCAACUUUGGUUUGGACAGAAAUAAGAUCCUUUAUAAAAGGUUCUGCUGAGGCCCUGAUGACUGAAAAUGGAUUCCUCCCUCUAGAAGAUUACGAGUCUCUUGGUAGAAAAAAGGCACCAAACUUUUCCGCUGAUAGAAAAGUGGUGUACGACCUGUUUGUUGUGUACCAGCAACAGCGUUUGCGAGAUCGGAUGUUUGAUGAAGCUGACCUAGUGUUUAACAUUCAUCGACGUCUUCAAAGUAACCCUGUACCCCAGUGGUCAAUUCACCAGUUUUACGUGGACGAAACACAAGACUUCACGCAAGCCGAGUUGUCCCUAUUAAUACGUUGCUGUCGCUUUCCAAAUGAGCUGUUCUUCACUGGUGACACUGCUCAAAGUAUCAUGAGGGGGAUUGCGUUCCGCUUUGAUGAUCUAAAAACUUUGUUCCACCAUGCAAAGAAAGCGGCCGCUAUCAAAGAGGGGCAUCACAAUUUUAUCCGUGUCCCAAAGAAGCUCUAUCAGCUAACACACAACUAUCGGUCACACGCGGGAAUUCUUCGCCUGGCCUCAAGUGUCGUAGAUUUGCUGCUCCAUUACUUUCCAAAUUCAUUUGACCGGCUGCAAAAAGACGAAGGUUUGUUCGAGGGACCUAAACCAGUGCUGUUAGAAGCCUGCAGUCCCACCGACCUCGCCCUGAUUCUUCAAGGAAAUCAGCGACAGUCGUCCAGGAUUGAAUUUGGAGCUCAUCAGGUAGUUCUUGUGGUAUCUAAUAAGGCCAGAGAGGCAAUGCCAGAUGAGCUUAAGCAGGGAUUAGUGAUGACCAUCUAUGAAGCCAAGGGACUGGAGUUUGACGACGUCUUGAUUUACAACUUCUUCAAAGAUUCUCUGGUAAGCGAAGCACAGUCCUUCCAUUACUUAGAUAACAAGUGGGGGAAGUAAGAAAAUAUUACUUGUGAGGUCUGUGAGUGAACUACCAAACUCGUCAGCUUAUUGCAAAUAUGGUUCGUCUUCAAGUGACAAGUUAAUGUUAAUUUGAAUGAACACUACGUGCAAAAAUGUUACGAGAAGGAUCACAUCCAUGUAAAGGUAUUUUGUUAUAACGAAGAGAAUAUCAAAUGAAAGUUCGAUUACGAAUCCAGCUAGUUUUGAAUGAGGCUAUAUCAAACCGUAAGUGUUCGGCAUGAAUCAUAUUAUGAGUAUUAUCAACUCCUACGGAGCAGGGAUGGCACAAGGGUGGUCUGGGUUCGAGUCCCGAGGUCGACGCCUUACGUGGGUUGAGUUUAUUGUGGUACUUUUUUCUGUUCCGAGAAGUUUUUCUCUGGGCAUCCACUUCCCCCCUCUUCUCAAAAAACAUUCCAUUCCGAUUUGGAAAGCAUGUCAAAUUAUUUUAGGGCAUUGCAAUGUCCACUGCGUUGUCAGUCGUCUUAUCUAAAUAAUUUUUUUUAUCAUGCUAGGCCAAAAAAGAAUGGAGAGUGGUCACAAGUUUUGUGGAGCAACAAAACUUGACAGAUGCCUCGGGUUCAACUGGGCUGGCAGAGAUAACUGAGGAAAGCGUUCAGGUAAAACGCUCGCGUCCACUGGAAUUUGAUCCCGAAAAGCACAAGGUUUUAAAUUCUGAGUUCAAGUAUCUGUACACUGCCAUUACUCGAGCGAGGGUGAACGUUUGGUUCUUCGACGAAGACGAGGAAUUUCGUGCACCGGUGUUUGAAUAUUUCCGCACACUGAAGCUGGUUAAUGUGGUGACGUUAGAAGAUCAGGGGAAGGGGACAGGUCCACUUGCUAGCAUGUUUGCUGUUAAGUCAACACCAGAAGAAUGGCGAAAAGGAGGAAUGCGCUUCUACAAGAAAAGAUUGUGGGUAGCUGCGAUACAGUGUUUCACAUUUGCUGGUGAUAUGUUAAUGCUCCAGAAAAGUCAAGCACAACAGCAGGCAGCAGAGGCUAUUAAGUUCCGUUCUACAAACCGCCAAAUGAUGCGAGACGAGUUCCUGCGCGCUGGUGAAAGCUUCUUGCAAUGUAAAAUGUAUGAUGAAGCUGGGAUUUGCCUGAACAAUGCACGAGAAUGGACGCUUUUGGCCAAGCUUUACGAAAAGAUAGGAAAGGUAACGGUGGUAUCUUAUACUCAGUAUUUCUUCUUCAGUACCUUGAAGAAGAAAUGUUUUUCCCUACUAUGCGUAUUGAAUGCACUAGGAGAAGCACGGAGCUGUAUUUGACGCUAAUAUACUUUUAAACUUAACACGCAAUGAAACAAAGCUGGCAUAACAAAAGAGUCAGCUAAAUGUUUUCAUUUAAAUGCUGUUAGCCAAUUUGAUUGCUGAUAUCUACUCUACUCUUUCUUUCUAAUGAUUUGUAGCAUCAAGAUGCUGCCCGACUCUUCAGAAAGAAAGGAUUACUUCAAGAAGCAAGUAGAUGCUUUGAAUCACAGAACAACUACCGCGAUGCUAUCGAGAUCUUGUGCUCGGCAGGCCGUAUUGAAGAAGCUCUAAACGCCAUGGAGCGUUUCAAGAUUUUAUCUUCGAGUGUUGAUUUAGAAGGACGACAAGGAAUCAUCCCACCAAAAGACACUCGUACUGUUGAAAGGAUGCGCCAUCAACUAGCUGACAAGCAUUUCAGGGAAGGUAAUAAGGAAAAAAUGGAGGAAGUUCUCCAACAUCUUCCAUCAACCAACGACCGCAUUACGUUCUUGAGGAAACGUGGGUGUGUAAUCGAGGCAGCUAGAGCAAUGGGAGAAGAUGGGAGAAGAAAUGAAGCGGCGUCUCUUCUAAGAAACGAAGGGAUGUUUCAGGAAGCAGUUAAGUACUCAAGUGAUCCUACAUUUACCGCUGACUGUCUGUUGUUACAAGCUCGCACAACAAUGAACACUAACGACACCCAAGCGAUUCUUCGCAUGGCUUUGGAUAAGUACCAAAAGUAUCAAAACCAAAGAGGCCAGGCGGAAGCACUGCUUAUGCUGGGUCGACUAUCAAAUGAUGUUAAAAAGAUACAAGACGCUAGCGAAUUGUUUUGUACGUGCAAAAAUUUUUAUGGGCAAGCCGAGAGUGUAGCAGAGCUACUAAGGGCAACACAUUCGCCUCCCGAGACCUCUAGUCAACAGGACAUUAUACAGGCCUUAGAGGGGUUAUUAGGCCUUAUUACUCUCUUGUACCAGCCUGCUGGCCAGCAUUCAAUGCCGGAACGAAAAGAAGUACAAAUAUGCGAAGAGCACUUUGGGCUUUUUACCACUGACAGUGAACAAACCAGGGUCUAUUAUUGCAAAAUGGGAGGAAGAUUCUCGAGGGUAGAUCCUCAAUUCAUAGAAAGAAAUUCCUCCAAAAGUGAAGCAACAAUCGAAACUACUGAUGCCCACCAGAAGAUCGGAAAGUUCCUUACUGGUUUCUCUGUCACUUUCGCAGAUAUGAUUAAGAAGAUGCUGGAAAACACGCUCUUAAGAAAUUCUGUUUGCAGAAAGGAAACAUAUGGAUCUAGCUGCGAUAAUCCCGCAAGCUGUGAAUAUCAGCAUGAAGAUUCAGAAGAGCUCUUUUAUAACCGUUUUCACACCUUGUUAAAUUUCGUAUACUUGAAUUCAGUGGUCAAGCAAUUCGUUUCCGAGAUGACUGGGAACAAAAAUGGAAGUGACGUUAUUCCAUUGGGUUUCAAGUGCUUCGUUGAAAACCAUCAAGAAUUCGAUGCUUGUCAACGGUUUUACAACUUCUUGUUUCCCCCCUCGGGCUAUCGAAGACAUCUCAUCAAGGGCUUUCACAUUAUUAAAGUUAAGGCGAUAAAAGCAGUAAAACGACGAAUUUUCCAGUUUGCUGAGUUCUUAUGGAAGGAAAAAACCAAGGAAAAGCGCCGAGCAGACACCGACAACUUCCUGAAAGUGUCGUCCUCGUUGCAACUAAUAGGUUCUUCUAAAGUUAUGUUGAAGUGGAUUUGUGAAGAAGAAAACCAGUUUAAGAGGGAGAAAAGAAAGUUGUUUAACACGACAAUGAAUGAUUUAGUUAGAAAUGGAAUGGUUCAGAAGAAAGAUACAGGUGCUUAUGAAAGCUAUCUUCACUGGUGGGAGAUCGGCAAGAAGAAAUUAUACGUGUCUGGUGAUGUGGAGAACGCAGCCCAUGAAAUCAUAAGAUCGUUCCUCACCCUUACAGCCAAACGAAGUGGCAUGAUCUAUCCAUCAAUUGCUAAUACCGUGAUGAUCAUCGAGUAUCAGUUGACUGCGUGCCUUGCACUGUACGCCAAUUUGUGCACACACCACCGAUACCCGAUAUGUUUGCCCGAAAGCUACCUAGUCAUGGUGCGGUUUUGGGAUAAUGUCAGACCAAAUGCUGGCAAAGGCACCUUCACUUUAUAUGAAGCAGUUGAGCAUAAUGCAAGGCAAGAAAGAUAUAAACAAAGACUGCUCAAAGCCACCUGUAAAGUUUUGGACUACAUGGUGAGGUUGACAUGUGGUGACGUCGCACGUAGGUUUGACGUUUUAGGAGACGCACUGAGCUCUGAUGACAGUCCAACACAUAGCACCUCUGGAGAAGUAGAAAGAAGCCUGGUUCUUUUCCUCACGAUGCUUUGCAAUUGUGGGAAAGGAAUCUCUACUUCCAUGGAGGGCAUCAUGUUGAAAAACAUUUUUAGCCUGAAGCCCAACCCUCGUCUACCAAACCGUAUUAAAAACGCAGUAAUGGAAGUCCAAGAGGCAGAAGGGUUCUGUGACGUAGUAGCAGUAUUUGAUAAAUUUUUGCAGAGUCGAGGUGAAAGGCUGUAUGAUCUCCGCUGGCACAACGGCAAACUUUGGUUCGAUGGAUCAGAUGGACCAUCGAAUCCUAAUAAUUACCGUAAAAGGUUCCACAGUGAUACAUCCAAUAUACGUGAAGAAUUAAGAAAGAAGCAAGUAGAGACACCUCAUUGCGGUGAAGCCGUUGGCGAAGGCAAUGAAGAUUCUGGAGCGGUAGAUUUUGACGCCACAGAAGAAGACAUUGAAGUAAAGUACACAGAAGAAGAUUUGAGAGAGAAAGAGAAUGCUAGAUCAGAAGUAGCUGCCACAAAGAUCCAAAGAUGGUAUAGAGGAGUCAAGCAGUCAAAAGAAAUCCCAGCUAGAAACUUGGAAAGGUUAAAAUCCAUUGAGGAGCAAAGUAAGGCCUCAAGAAGUGCCGUUGAGGAGCGCUUUUCCAAGUUUGAAUUGGACUCGUUUGCUUGUGGAAUCUGUGGAGUACACUUUCCAUCAUUGGAUGAUUAUCAAGAAGAAUAUGACGGUAAAGCGCUUAUAAUUUUCAUUUCUUCGAGCACCACUGUAUCCAUUAUAGUCCACGCGUCUUCCAUUCAUCCAACAAUUUAUCGAUACAUCUAAGCUUUCAUGUAGCAUCAUAUCUACUUUUCCAUCUAAUCAUCUAUCCAACCCUUAACGGCAUCUAGAGCCAUAAUGGCACUUUCAAGUAAUCGGCUCCUGGACUUCUGUCUCUAUUUGGCUCUUGUCAAACUUCACUGAUUCAUUCGUUUAUCCUUGCAUUCCUUACCUUUUUGUCUGUCCACAAAUCAAUUCAUUUGGUCAUCUACAUUCGCUGAACUUAUCGCUUUGUCUUUUCCUUUAUUUUAGGUGCUUUGUCAGACAAGCAGGUCGAAAAUGUAGAAGACCACAGAAGGUCGGAUGCUCAUUGUCAAAAAGAGGAACAAUUCCAGCAGUACAAGGAGAUCUACUUAGCAGAGAUACUUCCCUGUUUGGUGAAAGAAAAAGAGCUACGAGACAUGAUUGAUGAUAUUUCCUCAUCUGGUGACAAGAGGGGAACGGAACAUGUCGCACUGGAUUUGGAAAGACUGGAAACAACUCUGUCUUUGUUGAAAAAAGACGUGCAGACCAUCGAGACAUUACUGAAAUGGGAAGAUGCCGGUUUGCUGUUGAAAACAGCAAAAGAACUAGAAGUUAGCCUUGAAGGACUAUUCAAACUUUUGGAACGAGGUACUUUUCAGAAUACAGACCAUAGGUAACUCCAUAAUUCAAUUGCAGUGAAAGUAAUUAACUUCUAGGAUUUGAUCCGUUCUGAGCCAUGCAAUUAUUUGUCUGACGUAUUUGUCUAUAGAUUAAAGUACAUCUGUCUUUUACUUUUAUCAACAAAAUUAAUGAUGAAUUUUUUAACUAGCAUUUUUAAAAGACCACAUUGAUAUCUCUUCAAAUGUACCAGCGUGUGAGCGCUGUGCAAUAAGAGAACAAUAGAUAAAUUUUUCCCAAUGAUUUCAAUGAAUAGCUUUUACUUUAAUUAUCCAUGCCGUUUAAUGUGUAGCAAUUAAGAGCCUUUUUCUCCACAGCAAAAGCCGAUUCGGUGGUGGAUGAACCCACGACGGGAAACGACGAAACUGAAGAUCACGACGACAGACUAGAGGAAGGAGGAGGAGAGGACUCACUCAUGGAUAUGCAUAAGGAUUUACCGAAGAAGCGUCGAAAGCACAAAAGAAAGAAACGAUCACAAGCUACUGACACGACAGUCUUGCCAUGA